GAGUUGUAGUAGCUCCGUGGAGAUUGAUGAUGGCCAACCACGAGCUGGUGCUGGGGCACGGGCAGGACGCGGCGGAGCUGGCGCUGGGGCAGAGCCACCACGACUUCGGGCAGGACCACCAUCACCACCACCACCACGGGCUCGACCUCAGCCACCACGACCUCGUCCUCGGCCACCCGCACGACCACCACGGCCUGGUGCUCGGCCAGGCGCACGACCACAACCUCGUGCUCGGCCACCACCACGACAACCAUGAGCUGGUGCUCGGGCACGACCACCACACCGGCGAUCUCGCGCUGGGGCAGGGGCACGAGGACGACUCGAUGGACGACGGGGAAGGGCAUCAUGAUCUCGGCGAUUUGGCGCUCACCGAGCCGCACGCCCUCGGCGACGAGGACGAUAACCUCGAUCACCUCUCGCUUGAGCAAGCCCACGAGCUCGUGCUCCAAGCGGACGAUGAUGACUACUCCCACGGCCCUCUUGCCGUCGCCCCCGUGGUCCAGUCACGGAUGAUGGUCGUGAGCACCGAGUUUCAGCUCGUGGUCGGGCAGGAGUUUCCCGAUGUCAUGAGCUGCCGCAGGGCUAUCCGCAACACUGCCAUCGCCUGCCACUUUGAGAUCCAGACGGUCAAGUCGGACAAGUCGCGGUUCACUGCCAAGUGCGCCGCUGACGGGUGCCCCUGGCGCAUCCAUGCUGCGAAGCUGCCUGGGGUGCCCACUUUCUCCAUCAGGACUAUACUUGACAAGCAUACUUGCGUGGGGAUAAACCAUCUUGGCCACCAGCAGGCGUCUGUUCAGUGGGUUGCGAGUACUGUUGAAGAGAGGUUGCGCGAGAACCCGCACUGCAAGCCCAAGGAGAUUCUGGAAGAGAUCCACAAGUCGCACGGGAUCACGCUGUCGUACAAGCAAGCCUGGAGAGGGAAAGAGCGGAUCAUGGCAGCGGUUCGGGGGUCUUUCGAAGAAGGAUAUCGGCUCUUGCCUGAGUACUGUAGGCAGGUGGAAAGAACAAACCCAGGAAGCAUCGCUCGCGUCUAUGGGAACCCGGAUGAUAACUGCUUCCAGCGGCUCUUCAUAUCUUUCUACGCAUGCAUAUAUGGUUUUGUGAACGCAUGCCGGCCGCUCAUCGGUCUUGAUAGAACUACUCUGAAAAACAAGUAUCUUGGGACUUUGCUUCUUGCCUCUGCUUUUGAUGGUGAUGGUGCUCUCUUCCCUCUGGCAUUUGGUGUGGUUGACGAGGAAACGGAUGAGAACUGGGUAUGGUUUCUGUCUGAGCUACAUGAGUUGCUGGAGAAGAACACAGAGAACAUGCCAAGGCUCACAGUUUUGUCAGAUAGGCGCAAGGGUAUAGUUGAUGGAGUCGAUUUCAACUUCCCAACGGCAUUCCAUGGGUACUGUAUGCGCCAUGUCAGUGAUACUUUCCAGAAAGAGUUCAACAACUCAGUGCUUGUCAACCUUCUCUGGGAAGCUGCCAAUUCGCUGACUGUGAUAGAGUUUGAAACCAAGCUGCUGGAGAUAGAGGAUACAUCGCAAGAGGCUGCUAGCUGGAUAAGACGCUUGCCUCCUCGCCUCUGGGCCACCUCUUACUUUGAAGGGACACGAUUUGGCCACUUGACAGCAAACAUCACGGAGUCGCUGAACUCCUGGAUACUGGACGCCUCUGGCCUUCCCAUAAAUCAGAUGAUGGAGUGCCUCCGUCGCCAGCUCAUGACGUGGUUCAACGAGCGGCGAGAGGCAAGCAUGCAGUGGACGACCAUCCUCGUGCCCGCUGCUGAGCGCCGCGUGCAGGAGGCCAUCGAGUGCGCGCGGGGCUUCCAGGUCGCCCGCGCCAACGAGGCGGAGUUCGAGGUCAUCUCGCCCCAUGAGGGGACCAACGUGGUGGACAUCCGGAACAGGUGCUGCCUCUGCCGCGGGUGGCAGCUGUAUGGCACGCCGUGCGCCCACGGCGUGGCGGCGCUCCUCUCCUGCAGGCAGAACGUGCACCGCUUCACGGAGAGCUGCUUCACUGUCGCGGCGUACCGUAAGACCUACUCGCAGACCAUCCACCCGAUCCCGGACAAGACACUCUGGAACGAGAUGUCUGAUGGCCAGGGUCAGGCCGAGGAGGAGAACAUGAGUAUGGUGGAGGUUGUCAUCAACCCGCCAAAGUCGCUGAGACCGCCAGGGCGGCCAAGGAAGACGCGGGUCCGUGCGGAGGACCUUGGCAGGGUCAAGCGCGUCGUGCACUGCAGUCGCUGCAACCAGACGGGCCACUUCAGAACCACCUGCGCCGCUCCCAUAUAAGCCUCUGAAUCUGCACACCUGCUGCUGUGAAGAAGAAAAAAAGAAGUUAGGAGUUAGCGUCUAUUAUGCAAACUUCCUGCUUGCAGAUUAGCGAGUGUUUCUUUGGGUUAUACAACGCUAGGUUUACAUACUGCUGUUGGUUGGUUUAGCUGUGAUGAUGAUGGUUUAAUAAUGUUAUUAGAUUACUUUUUAUUGCCCCUGCUAGACCGAGGGAAAUAUAAGAGUAUUAUGUGCUCAGGCAGGCUGAGGCUGUCACAUGGAAUGAAAUCUGUAUGUGACCCCUGAAUCAAAAUGGCAGGUACUGUAUUGGACACCGAUGCUGGUUGUGUGCAAGCUGUGGUAAUUGAAACAUACUGCAUUGUCGUUU